AAAGUGACGACGAAUGAAGUAGGGAGCGCCGCGCACUAGCCUACUUUGGUACACAGAUUGAAUAGACUUCUCAAAUCAUAUUGGCUCUUGAUUUCAUAAUAACUCAACAACAAUAACAAUAAAUGUUAAAAUGUUUGUGGUAAACACUAAUUGAAAGCCCUACGAGUACGUUGAAUAUAAAUGAUUCAAAAAUCAAUAAAGCCUAAGUGAAAAACCUGGACCGACCUAGAGGCGCGAGUGAAUUUUAAAAAUAGCUGUCGUGAAUGGCAAGAUUGUCAAGUGCGUAGGUGUUUGUUUUUGAAAACAGGUGGUGGUUUAUCUGAGCCAUGGAGGAAUUAGCUGCACAAAAUGCCGAUUGUGAGAAUUUCACCAAGACUCCCGUACCUUUAUCAAAAUCCCCGGUCACCUCACCUUCUAUUCGUUUCAUGACCCAGACUGUGAUCGUAUCCUUGGUUGAGACUGUGACACACGAUAUUACUUACGUUCAACCGAGAAACUCUGAGGAGAAUUCCUCUCCAGAAACGACGCAAAAUGAAACAAGGCAGAGGUAA